GUGUACUCCCACUCACACUAGUUGAAAGACUGGAGACCGUGAAUCUGAAAAGGUGAGCUGCAAGGGAGGACCACGCCCAGCUUUGCCUAGGCCACGCCUACACCUCCGCCCUCCUACUUAGCUGAAAGGGCGGCACCCGACUCCAGCCUCGCCCACCAACGUCACGACCGAGGCCAAGGGGCGGGCUUGACACUCUGCGGAAGAGCGAAGAGAGACCCAGGCCCAAGAGGAGCUCUCUGGGAUAGCUGACGACUAGCAGGAUGGGUAGCAGCUCGCUGUCAGAGGACUAUCGCCUGUGCCUGGAGCGCGAGCUGCGGCGCGGCCGCGCGGGGGUAUGCGGCGACCCCUCGCUGCGCGCGGUGCUCUGGCAGAUUCUGGUGGAGGACUUCGACCUGCACGGGGCGCUACAGGACGAUGCGCUGGCGCUGUUCACUGACGGCCUGUGGGGGCGGGCUGACCUGGCACCAGCCCUCCAAGAUCUGGCCCGCGCCUUCGAGCUCCUAGAGCUGGCCGCUGUGCACCUGUACCUGCUGCCCUGGAGAAAGGAGUUCACCACUAUCAAGACCUUCUCAGGGGGCUAUGUGCAUGUGCUGAAGGGUGUACUCUCUGAGGAGCUCCUGACUCGAAGCUUCCAGAAGAUGGGCUACGUGCGCAGGGACAACCACCGCCUAAUGGUGACCACCCCACCCCCUGCCUGCCAGCUGGUGCAGGUGGCCCUAGGCUGCUUUGCCCUUAGGCUGGAGUGUGAGAUCCUAGGUGAGGUACUGACUCAGCUGGGUACCAGCGUGCUACCGGCUGAGGAGCUGCUCCGAGCUCGACGGGCUAGUGGGGAUGUAGCCUCCUGUGUAGCCUGGCUGCAGCAGCGGCUGGCCCAAGAUGAGGAGCCACCACCCCUGCCCCCUCGGGGCACACCUGCCUCUUAUGGGGCCCCAGUGGACCUGUAUCAGGACCUGCAAGAAGAUGAGAGCUCAGAAGCCAGUCUGUAUGGUGAGCCUUCCCCAGGGCUGGACUCACCUCCUGUGGAACUGGCUUAUAGGCCACCACUCUGGGAGCAGAGUGCCAAACUAUGGGGUUCUGGAGGCCAGCCCUGGGAACCGCCAGCUGAUGAUAUGCAUCUGCAUCGGGCCAGUAGCCCACCAUAUGGGGCUCUGGAAGAGGAGGUGGAGCCAGAACCCUCUGCUUUCUCCUUCCUCUCUCUACGCCGUGAGCUGAGUCGGUCAGGGGACUUAGGUCCCCCUGAAUCCCCUUCAAGCCCUGGGCAGGCCAGCCCCCGACACAGGCAAGCAGAAGGAUCAGCAUCAUCGGCCUAUGGGCCUGCUGUUGAGCCUCUGAGCUACCAGGCACACAGCUGCUUGACCCCUGGCAACCUACCCACCCUUUGCUGUGACACUUGCCGCCAGCUCCACGCUACCCACUGCACUGCCCUAUCUGCCUGCCGCCCGACUCAUUCACUGCGCAUACUUCUCGGUGACAACCAGAGACGCCUGUGGCUGCAACGAGCACAGGUGGAUACCCUGCUCUAUGACAGUCCUGGAGCCCAUCCUUAGACCCAGAUGGCCCCCAAGAGUUUUGGGGACAGUUUCCAUGGUGCUUCUUUUGAAAAAGGGCCCAGGCCACUGGCUGGCCCUCUUAUUCCCCAGGGGAGUCCAGGACCUGCAGUUGAAAGAGGGUAGAGCCUUCAUGGAAUGCUCUCGCCUGGUGCCGGCUCAAGCCUCCUCACUGACGUGCCCAGCUCAGCCCUGGUGCAGCAGGCCAAACUCAAUCAACAAGACCCUUCCCUUAUGUCCCUAUCCUCAUGCCCAGAUGCGCUGGGUAGAGAUGUCCAGGUUAUCUGUGUUACAGUACCCAAACUCAGAAAGACCCCACCCUAUGAACUGCCUGAAGCUCCCUACCUGACCCUGUAGACUUUGAGUGAGGAUAUGUCCCUCUCUCCAUGUGCUGGGAGACCCUCACUCAGGAGCUUGCUCAAGAGCUUGCAGGUGACACAGUAAAAUCCCCGAGUUAGAUUUGGGCCUUGUGGGAGGGUCUGAAAGAGCAGAGCUUACUUAGCUGUGAGGACCCCAGUUCACCUCUGCUGUUAGUAAGGAGGCAUAGAACUACAAAAACAGUGGGAGGCACACUCCCAGGCAGUGGGAAGAGCUGUCACCCACUACCCAGCAGGAAUGAUUCUCAGCAAUCAGCUGCCUACCAGCCAAAGAGGAGGUGAGCAUGCACAAACCACUGCCAAAAAGCAGCUCACCGCCCCAUGUAGCUCAAUUCUGGGCACACAGCUUACCAGGAAGAUAGGCUACCCUCAUCUGCCGUGGGGGGGAGGAUAGCCCAGGACCCCUCAUUAGGGUCCCUAAACUGCUAAGGGCUGGGUUUUCAUCAACCACUCAGAGGCCCAGGCACAGAGAUCACCCCGUUCUGUUAACACUUCCUCUACUGGCACCUCCUCAGCUGAGCCUGUUCCUGCUCCUUAUACAGACCCUCAGAGGACACUGUCCCCCUCAGCCACGCCUGUUCCUAUUCCUCACACAGACCCCUCAAA